GUCUGCUGCUCUGUGCUCCUGAGGAGAUGGAGGAGGAAGUCAGUGGUGAAUUAACAACUGUUGCUUUUGUUGCUGCUGCGGAAUCAAACUACCUUUCAGUCCGCGCUGCAUGGCGCACGUCGUGCUAGAAUGACAUCUCUUCGGAGCCGAGACAUUCAGUCUGGAUCAGUUUGCAAGUUCAUGGGAUUAUAUAAACUCCUACGUGUUUAAGGGAGGUGGAGACAAUUUACCACCCCCCUCCCUUCGUCCUUGACUGAAAUUACCAACAAAUUUUGCACAGGGGAGACACUGGAAGCACUCCCAAAUAACUUGAAAUGGAGUCUUCAGAUGGCUACUGUGCUAGUAACGGUCAAUGCUCUCCUGGCAAGGAGAACUCAAGAAUGUUGGUGGAUAUGUCAACUCAUAAUGGAGAGACACUUCCUCAGGGUUCAGAUUCCCCCAAACUGACAAUUAAGCAAGAGGAAGAAACAGCAGAGGAAGCUGACAACAGAAGCCCGGCACUUGAAGAAACAGACCAAACAGGGGAUGAAGGAGUAGCACUGGAGGAAUCCAUGACUGGCAGCCCAAGCAACAUACAGGAUGGACUGUCUGGGCCAAAUGUCACAGCUGACGCAGGAAGUCGACAACCAAAUGGUGACAGGCCGUUCCAGUGCAACCAGUGCGGUGUCUCGUUUACCCAGAAGGGAAACCUGCUGCGACACAUUAAGCUGCACACAGGCGAAAAACCCUUCAAAUGCCCCUUCUGCAGCUAUGCCUGUCGGCGGCGUGAUGCCCUCACCGGUCAUUUGCGCACUCACGCUGUUGGCAAACCACACAAGUGUACCUACUGUGGCCGGAGCUACAAGCAGCGCACAUCUCUGGAGGAACAUAAAGAGCGCUGCCACAGUUACCUGCAAGGCAUCAGCUUGGAUCCAACCGCUAACACUGGUGCUUACACAGGAGAGGUUCCUAAAGAGCCGAGGCCCAUGGCAGAGGCGAAUACUGUGGCAACCUUUGAUCGGCCGCCCGUUAUUGAAAGGCUGCAUAGCAACGUGGGCAAGAGGAAGAGCACCACACCACAGAAAUUUGUUGGUGAAAAGAUGUUUCGCCAGAGCUACCCUGAUUUAGGCUACGAGAUGGGCCUUAAGUACGAAAAGCAUCCUGAGCUGAUGCCACCCCACUUGAUGGACCCGGCCAUCAGCAAUAGCAUCACAUACAUGGGAUCGGACACUCUUAGGCCCAUGCUCCACCAUCCGACCCCACCCCUCUCUAUGAAUGAGGUGAUGCCCAUGGUCAAUCCCCUCUUCCACCAUGUCCUUCCUCUGGCCCAACGAACGGAGCGUCUGGGGAACUGUGACACUCUGCCAUCACAUCCAUCUCAGCCCCAUGACUUUCCCAGUCAUCCCACCUCAAAUGGCCCCACUGCUUCAACCAGGCAGGGCAAACCACGCCAGCCAGGGCAAGAGGAAUCUCCCAACCACAGUGGAGCUGACUCUGCUGACUCAGCUCGCAGCAGCCCUCAGGAGAGGCAUGGCUAUCAUGGGAGCAACCCCCCACCAGGCCUUAGGUCUCGAGCAAGUCCAGCGGUGGCCUAUUCAGGUGAGCGAGUGACAGAAGCAUCACCGAGAGGCGUGGUAGGAAUGGGGACUGGGCUAAUGCGAGUGGCCACAGAGAGGCCUGUGAGCCAGGAAGGGGUGCGGGUGUUCGGACGAGAGGGCCACGAGUUGCGGGCCUUCCAGUGUGAGCACUGUCGAGUGCUCUUCCUGGACCAUGUCAUGUACACCAUCCACAUGGGUUGCCAUGGAUACAGAGAUCCACUGGAGUGCAACAUCUGUGGUCACCGCAGCAGAGAUCGCUAUGAGUUCUCCUCUCACAUAGUCCGUGGUGAACACACCUUCCACUAACAGGAUGGGUAGGAAUUAGGAGAAAGACAAAGAAGGGAAGGGGGCAGCAGCCUGAUAUCCGUCCUUACCACCAAACCUCUGUGACUGCACAGCUGAAUGGCACAGUGGACAAGUGUAGCACAAUCCUAGACUUCUUUUUAAGCUACAGUUUAACAAUCAUAUGAAGGUAUGGGCCAAAGACACAUUUUCUACAUAUUUAAUAGAUAAUUAAAUGUUGAGGAAGGAAAGUUAAGUUGUUGUUUUUUCUCCCACAAUGUUCAUGAGCUGUAUAACAAAGCAGCUGUCUGUUUUUCUUUUUAGUCUUAUUUGGAAAUGUCUCCUUUUGUGCUUGACGCUUCACUAUGCUGCUGUAAGUGACAACCCUUUUCACUCUGAAGACGUAAUGAAUACUUUAAAAUAUUAAAACACAUUCCUGGUUAGUGGGCUAAAUAUGAUGGAUAAAUUCAGUUCAGCCACCUGGAAAACCAUGACUAAUGCCAGCAUCAGAGGUAAAGUAUAAGGAGACUUCAGGUAGUCUCUAAUCCCACAAAAAAAGUAUAGGAGGCUUUUAUUGUAAAUCUAUGAAGAGAAAUGUUAAAUACAAGUGGCAAAUGAAUGUCAAUAAACACAAACUA